AAGAACAGCCCACACCCCCCCUUCAGAAACAGCAGCAGACCCCUUCUGGCUCUGCCGCAGGGGAGACCCUCAGCGGAGUGGCCCACUGUCCUGCUUAGCUCCAGUCCUCUCUCUCACCCAUAGGUGGAAUGUAUUUAUUUUUAGUUUUUUGGUGUGGCACAUUUGUGUUGUAUUUCAAUAAAAAGGAACCCCAGGGCAAAAAUACAGAAUAUAAAACCUGAAAUCUUAACGGGAAGAUCACAGACAGACAUCUAGGUUGCAAAUACAAUUUUCUACUUCAUUUUAUCGCAGGUGGAAUAUCGGCAAAACUCCAUGAUGGCCUCUGGUUUUGUACCCUCCGUUUUCGACCCAGAUGUGAACCCACAAGGCCUUUCUUAGGAUUGCCGAGUGAAAGUGGCCUUGAGUGGGGCUUGUGAUGCUCAGCCCUAGGGCUGGCUCCCUGUGACAUCUCCCUCCCCACCUCGCCCGCCACAGCUUUUCCGGGAACUCCUCUCGUCCUUCCUGCCACCGGGCAUAAUUGAUGGGUCCCUCUGAUGUUGGGAAAAACAGCCUUGGCAGAAUGGACCAUCCCUUCUGGCCACUUAAGAGGCUCAGAAGAUGGAGAAGAGCUAUUACCAGAAACCUACAGGAGGAGAGGGGGAGCUUCAGGACCGGGCAGGAUGGGGCCCCUUCAUCCACAAAAUACAGUUCACACACACAGACACAGACACACACACACACCCAUUCCUACAAAAAGCUCCUUCCGCCUCUAGAAAUCAACCAAGGUUAGCUUGCGUGGAAAUAAACUCCCGAUGUAUGUAAGAAGUCUUCUUCGGCCUUAUUGCAAAUAAACCGAGUUAAACUGGGCCAUGCGGGACUGAAUCUCAGGCCAGACAAAGCAGCCCUUAAAAACUGCCGAGGUCCUUUUAGGUGACUGACCCCCGGAGAUCUCAUUGUCUUCCAAGAAUUAAUACAAUUAAUCUGUUGACAGCUUUGGCUGCCCGACCCCCCCCUCUCCCGGGCGCCAUUAAUUCGUUCUUCGAACCAAAUGAACGGAAAAAUGUAAUGAAUGCGGCUGACUGCCCUAUUUUGAAAUAUUUACGGGCUGUCUAAUGCAUUUAGAUCCCGCGAUUCAAAGUAUUGAUUUUCCUUUCCUUUCCACCAUGUCUCCCUUCAGGCCUCUUUGCCCGUGAAAGUGACGCUACAAUUCAGGUUUCUGCAGCUUACAAACUAUAUCUGCUAAGGUGAGGAAUUCCGUCCAUGUGGAAGAGCCGAAAGGUUCUCUGCCCUCCCCAGCUGGCAAGUUAUGAACAGCCAACGUGUCAAAAGGGAUCCUAAGGAGGAGGGGCAAGGUCCGCAAAAGAAUGAAGAACCACCGUCCAGGUUUCAUGGCAAAACAAAAGCCGCUCCGACCGUUGCAACCCUUAUCAAAGUUUGCUCAGCGCUCUUAUCGCGGUUGGCACCAAGGGGAGCUCCGGAAACGCUGCCCACGCUCCGGAUUGGGCUUCCCUGCGAGCCCCGUUUGGAAAGCCACCUGCCCUUGUCUGGGGCUCGACUGCGCCGGUGUUUUCAGGGAGAUGACCUCGAGAGGCCUGGACUACAGAGCCCAUCAUCCUCAUCCUUGGUUGGGAAACACUGCCCUGGAGGAUGCGCAGACUUCUUGGAACUUCGUUUUCCUCGGAUCACGAUGCAGACUUGGAGAAGAGGGACACACGCACAGAGAGAGAGACCCUUGCCCAAAGUAUUUGGAGUUGAAAGCGAGGGGUGCAAAAACCCGCUGGAUUUAUCCACUAUUGGGAGCAAAUCUCCCCAAUUUUUUGAGGGGGGGCGGCGAGCAGGGAACCGAACCCCGUUUGCCAGCCGUGAAGACGAACCUCGGGACGAGCAGCCUUUGGCGUCCCGGUUCAAUCUUGGUUCUCCUGCUGCUGAUUUGUUUUGACCGAGAUGUUUUGAGAGACGUCAAGUACAUCCCCCCCCCCUCUUCUUCCUCCCCUCUCCACCUUUCCAUUUGGGUGUAGAAAAACCCAGGGCGCCGCCGCCGCACUUGGAGGCCCGGAUUGCUUCCACGGCCAAGGCUUCUGGGACUGCCAAGGCCACCCAAGGAAGCCCGGGGGAGGAGAGCGCCCGCGAGGCAGGAGCUGUCCAGCGGCACGAGGGCUGCGUGACUUCCCUUGCUUGGGAAGAACGCGCAAAAGAGGACGAGCGCGCCAGUUGCGCUGGGACCCCGCGGAUCGGGUUGCAGGACCCGGGGACCGAAUGCAGCCGCCACCAGCCCUGCGGCUUCGGAAGAGGGGAAAGAAAGGCGGAGAGCCUCCGGCGUCUUCGCUUUCUGGGAGACCGAAGAAAAAAGCCUUUUACUUUUGCAUUUGAUUUAAGUUCUCCGGGGCGAAGCGGCGUCCAAGUCGCAUCUUGCAGCCACGAGCGGCGUUGCCUUCUCUUCGG